AAUCACACAUCGAUCAGCAAUAAUGUUUUAACCUUCAUCUGAGAAUUUGAAAAUAAGCAGCUUUAAUGUAAUGUCAGAUUGAAAUGAAUGUUCUUGUUGUAAAAUAAACAAUAUGUUAACAUUCUUGUUCUUAUUUUACAGCUUCACAUUGGCGGGAACAUAAUCACGGAAACGUCGACGCAGACCCUCGCUAGCACAAUCAAAUUUGAUCUUUGAAGUUUUAUUUCACGGUUUUACGUCAAAAUGUUUAACUAAUUUAGCAAAAGAAAUUCAAAAUAUUGAACAUUCGAACAAAGUUUUAACUUUUAAAUAAUUGUUUUAUUGAACAUUUUACAUUGUAAGGAAUGGUCCAAUAGUUCCAAAACUACGUUACAAAAAAAAUAAGUGCAAAAGCAAAGUCAUCAUGGGAAAUUGUUUGAAAUCAUGCCAAGUAUCCGAAAAUGAUCACCAAGCGCAGUUAGAGACCAAUACAAAUGUGUUAGGAAGCGACGUUGAUGCCAUUAACGAUGCUGGGGGUCGAGACAAACAGGGUAUUAGUGAGGAUGCAGAAGUAUACAAGCAAGACAUUGGCGCUCUAGCUGCAAGGGAGAAGGCCGAGAUUACACAGCCCCAGCAGCAGCAGCAGCAGGAUGAAGCCAUCAUAGCGGACUCAACGAACAAACAGCUAGCGCAGUUCGAGAAAACGACAGAAAUGUGUGUAACGGUCAUUGAAGAUGCUGCGGUUCGAGGAAUAGAACGUAUUGAUGAUGGCACAGACGCACACAUGCGAGACCUUGACAAACACGCUACUAAGAAGAUGGCCGAGAUAUCACAGUCCCAGCAGCAGGUUGAUGAUGGCUUCAGAAAGGACCUGAAAAAAAUUCUACUUCAACACCAUUUGAACAGCAACUCUACACUUUUUCCGGGACCGUUCUUUCAUGGCUCAGUGAGCCUAGAAUAUUUCUACGUUCCUCCUAGGCUUUCGGAGGUAUUGAACAAAAUGAACAGAGAGAAGAACGGACCAGAAGAAGAGGAGACACGACCUAUUACAUCCCUGGAACAGCUACUGACACCUGAUGAUACAACGAAUCAAUUAACAAUCAUAACCGCGAAUGCUGGUGUUGGUAAAUCAUCGUUUUGUAAGUUUGUAUCUGUUUUGUGGUGCGCAUUACAUGGCCAAAAAACGGAUACAAUCAGCAAGUUUGCCAAAAGUUUUGACAUUCAAUUCGAUUCUUUGAAAAAUAUACCCUAUUUACUCUACAUUCCAUUGAGAGAUAUUCCAACAGGCCGAACCCAUUCUAUUGAAGACAUUAUUUUUGCUCAUUUGGAAAUUGUGAUAGGAUACCAGGACGAUGACCGAAAAAACCUGGAAAGAAUAUUUAUGGACGAACGAUGUUUGGUUAUUUUAGAUGGAAUGGACGAAUCUUCCUUAUCAACUCUGAAUUCACCAAAGGCAAAACGGAAGUACAGCAUAUUGAUAACAUGCCGCCCAUGGAAACUGGCAGAAACAGAAUUGCCGAAAUACAAGCAUGUAUGUAUUGACGAUCUCAACAACAUUGCACGAAACAAGCUUUUUAAACACCUGAAUACAAUUUUAAACACAUUUCAUCGGACCACGUUUAACGUUGAAGAUUUUUUUGCCACUUUAGAGACUCAAAACCUACAGUCACUUUCCUGCAACACACACGUUGGUCUGCAACUGUACUGCCUCUGGCAGGACAGAAAUAUGGACGUCGAAAAAAGCAAAAUGAAUGUGACGCUAGGACCUACAAGAUCACACAUUUAUGCAGACGUAUUGGAAAUGAUGUUCAAUCCUAAAAUACACGAAAGAAAAGAAACCCAAGAACGUACACAAACACCCGCUCUCAAACAAAAGGCUCUUCCUACAUGUUUUGAUGGACGUAAGCGGUGUAAAGCAAAAUCCUAUUUGAUAUACGAAAUAGGAAAGAUUGCUUUUAAAAUGUUGGUUAACUCGAGCAUUCAUUUUGAUGAGGCAACCAUGGACUUGUUACAAGAAGAGCAGUUUCUUUUAGAUUCAGGACUGAUUUUAGCCGAUAGGUCACAGAAGUGCAGUACUAAAAACAAGGUGUACCGAUUUCUGCAUAAAACCUACCAGGAAAUGUUAGCAGCAAUAUAUAUGUCGUCACUGAACACCGAGAGUGAAGACUGGCUUGCGUUUGAAAACACAUUCGAUACGGUGUCUUCACCGGACAUACUGGCCUUCCUGUGCGUGAUGAACUACGAGCAAGGCUUGCGAUGUUCGGAAUUGUUCGGUGACAUGCAGCGAGAGUUUUACAGAGAAGGUACAUUGUAUGCCAAUGAGAUCAUCGAGUACCAAGACGCCGUGCAGUUGGCGUACACCGAAUGUGUUAACAAUGGAGUCUCGAAUCCGCAACUUACCCUUAGACAUGCAUGCGUUUCAGCGUUUCGUCCCCAAUUGCUUCACAGCAUCAGCGAACUUAAGUCGUGUUAUAUUAAAUGUUCAGAAGAAAUCUCUGUUACAACAAGCUUACUAGGCAUCGAACAACUUAACUUAUUAGCUAUAUCAAAUGAAAAAGAUUACGGAACUGAUCGACAAACUAUCCCAACACAAUUUCUUAAAACGUUAACAGUCCUAUGUAUAUACGAUUUGAAUAUAGACAAUAAUAACUUGAACCUGGCAUCCUGUGAUCUUAAAAUCUUGAUUCUACAGAAUCUUAGGCUCAAGCAAGUGACCAUCGCACCGGCCCUGUUAGAGAAUUUCUGGGUCUCCAUCAAAAAUGAAAUACGGGAUAACACACCGCCUAUGGAAGUGUCAUUCGCACACGGCGCACAGUUUUCAAACAAAUUACGAAAGCUCAGUCUGGACAACGUAACCUUAAACGAAACACUAAAUAUACAACAGUGUGACAAGCUACAACAAUUGCGAUUGGACACAUUAACAUUCCCUGAUGAAUUCCACUUGGACCUGUCAUCCUACACGAGCCUCACACAGAUUACCCUGCAAAACCUCCGCCUCAAGCAUGCGACUAUCGCACCGGCCCUGUUAGAGAAGUUCUGGGUCGCCAUUAAAAAUAAAAUAUGGGAUAACACACCGCCUAUGGAAGUGUCAUUCGCACACGACCCACAGUUUUCAAACAAAUUACGAAAGCUCAGUCUGGACAACGUAACCUUAAACGAAACACUAAAUAUACAACAGUGUGACAAGCUACAACAAUUGCAAUUGGACACAUUAACAUUCCCUGAUGAAUUCCACUUGGACCUGUCAUCCUACACGAGCCUCACACAGAUUAUCCUGCAAAACCUCCGCCUCAAGCAUGCGACUAUCGCACCGGCCCUGUUAGAGAAUUUCUGGGUCUCCAUUAAAAUGAAAUACGGGAUAACACUACGCCUAUGGAAGUGUCAUUCGCACACGGCGCACAGUUGCAAACAAAUUACGAAAGCUCAGUCUGGACAACGUAACCUUAAAUGAA